UGCGCAUGCUUGAAGAUGCCUAUAAAGUCACAGGACAUACUUUCAAUGUUACAUUGCGGGGAAUCUUUCAGAGAGCUCACUAAAGGCUUGCUACAUAAGAAGAGAAAGAUGAGGUCCUACCUGUGUGUAGCUCUCUCUGUUCUGGUCCUGGCCGCGGACCACAUCCUUGCUAGUGACACACCUUCGGACACAGCAGGAACCCACCCAUUGACGUAUUCUCUCAAGGUUUCCAAGGAAAUAAUCACAGAAAGGCAUAGCACAAACAUCUCUGGAGAGCCAGGCCCUUCAGCUCGGAAUAAUACCAUUGCUGUAUUUGUUGCUUUCAAUGAUGCUAAAACUAGCUACAUCCCUCCAUUCACCUACGACAACUCCAACCUUGAGUGGCAGAGGUUUUCCGGGUCUCUGCCCAAUGAAGCAGUGGGCAUCUGGAACGGCUACACCAAGCGGUACGAUUACGUGUGCAGAACAGUUGAUAGCUGUGAGACCGGAUUCUACCACAGUGGAUAUGGCGAUAAUUGCUUCUACGCACACUACCCUGACUUGCGGUACACUGCUGGUUUUUACAUCCUCGUAAACAAAGACGGAUUUGAAAAUCUGCAGUGGAAAUCGGAAUCCUAUGGGUCUGUUCCUGCAAACUCAGUCAAACCGUGUACGUCAGCGAAGGGUUAUGUUGGAAAAAACUGGUACGGUUUAGGAUUGGUUCAUGCUGGAGAUUCAUUCUAUUUACCUUGGUUGUCAUCGCAUAAGAAUGGUAGAUUCUAUGGGUACACUACAUGGUACAGACAAUCCUACCAGGUUUUGACAAUAAAUACUGAUGAAUUUUCGCAGGUGAUCCAAGAUGUAAAGUAUGACAUUGAUAAUAGUAACUACAUAGACGCUCCCCCAUUCGCCGUUGAUGAACACACUGUAGUCAACAAACGUUGCGAAAGUGCGAUGUUUAGUGCACACUCUCUGCAACCCAAACUGAAACACACACCUGGCAAUUCGAUUACUCUAUGAAGCUUGGAAUCAGCACCAACUUUUACCGUAGGGUUACUACAAUAGUUGGCACAAGCAUCACCAUUGGUUUGGAGCUCUCUUUUCAGUUGACUAAGGGAUUUCACAUCUCUCAAUCUCAAACCACUAGCCUCCAUGUGCAAACCAAUGUGCCCCCAAACGUGAAGUGCCCUCUUAAGAUGCAAGGCAGGAAAUACACACUAAACAUACCAUUUACGGCUCGCCUUGGCCGUACCUACAGCAGUGGUGAGACAAAGUGGACCACCAUCUACGGUACUUAUGAAGGAGUUCAGGUGUCUAAUUAUGACGCUAUCAUAGAGCGCUGUGAGCGCCUGGCUUACCCCUUGCUUUGUCCGGAUAAGGUCCAUGUGUCAGACAUGUCCUCUUCGUGUCAGAAAGCCUCUGCCGAAUCAAUGCAGUGCCAACUUCCAGUACACUAGCAGAGGAACAAAAUGAAGCACAGAGCCUUGAGAGUGAUCUCAAAGUCAAGUUUGUUGGGGUUUCAUUAGUACAUACAGUACAGGGGAUGUUUUCUUGCUUUAGUGUUGUAUGACUGAAGGUCAGUCAUUCACCAAAAUCACAUUUACAUUGAUUCAUUUAAGCAGACACUUUUCUUCACAGUGACUUACAGUACAGAUAUACAUCUUGAAUUAGUAUACAUGCUAGCUAGGAAUCAAAUCCAUGCCUUGCUCUACCAAUCACAUCACUAUGUGCCCAGGAGUUGGAGGGCACAGGAUGCAUUCAUGUUCAGGGGCCCUUGAUUUCAUGAUCCAUCCGUGCUCAUUGUCUGACUUUGUGUGGCGGUUAUAUUAGGUACUGAUAUGGAACAUGUCUAGUUCAAUAUUGGCAUGGAUGGUCUAACAGCCUUAUGGACCUGAUAGACCCGAGGCCUGUGGGUCUUGUGUCAAAUGCUGAAGUGUUGUACAGCUUGGCCCAACCUCAAGCUCCACAUUAGAUAACCAUGACAACACAACCCUUCACUGUUAAUCAUUUGUUGUUGCUUCUUGCUCUGUUUUCCUGUCAUUGUGAAAUGUUAGCUUUCUCUCUUUUCUAUGAAUAAAAUCACAGCUGUAUCACA